CCCAAUUUGCCUAGAAAGGGAGUUUGCCAUGGGAAGGAGUUUCAACCGGUCACGAGGAAACUGCAACGGAGGCUAGAAAAUAAUUUCGUUUUGCGUUCCAUCUAACUCGUCUGGCAUGGUAUCCGUCUGUUUUUGUCCAAUUAUUCCAUGUUAUGUGCCACCAGUAUAAUACGAAAGAUUUGAAAGAUUACUCAACGAAUCUUACAGACAAAGAAUGAAUUUUCGUACGUUUGGUCGACACUUUUACGUCUCACGCACAUCAUUGUAUUUGAAGUCAUUGACCCACAAAUGUGUUGUAUCGUGUGUUCUCUGCAUGACCUGCAGCCUACAUUGUAUUUGUGUACUUAUUGAAGGAGUCUCCGUGUCAGAAAAGAAAUGUUAACUUAAUAAAUCUAGUCGUCGACUUUCAUUUUUUUUAAUAAACAGAGAAAUGGGUGGAAUACAUCACUGUGGAUGCCAGGGAAGAUGAGAACCUUGUCAACGGUUGUACCUGCCAUGCCUGUCACAUCAUGCUGUUGGUGAAGGGUUACAUGCUGGCCUGCGGGCACACUCUGUGCUCCGGCUGUCUGGAUAACAUCACAGAGUGCCCGCUGUGCAAGUGUGCCCGUACGAUCGCCGGCCCAAACAUGGCUUUAAGGUCAUUGGCAUUGGGCCUUAAAGCCAGUUGUCAGUUUGGGUGUGUCACUGGGACUGUGGAGGACAUCCUCAAGCACCUGAUGACCUACUGCCCUCGGGUGAAGGUUGCCUGCACCCACGCUGGCUGUGGCGUGCUUGUUCCACGAGAGGAUAUCAAAGACCACAGUGAUCGCUGUGAGUGGGCUAUAGUACGCUGCCCUUGUGGGACAGAGACGGAACGACUGGACAUCCCCGAACACCUGUCCACCGUCUGCCCUAAGGCGAACAUAAAGUGCCAUAUGGGCUGUGGCGCGACGAUCCGGAGGUGUGAGGCGUUUGGACACCAAACGACAUGUCCUGACGCAGUUGUCCCCUGCACUGUACGCGGAUGUCCGGAGAUCGUACGUCGCCGUGAGCUGGCAGACCACAUGGCCAAGUCCAUGGAGCGACACGCUCGUGUCGCUUCAAACUUGGCCAUGUGCCUUCAGAGGCAGCUUGUUGCUCACAAUUGGGUGGGGGAAACGAAAGCUAUGGCGGUGGCGGUGAAGGGGCUGGAGAUGAAUAGCUUCUCCUGGUUUGUCCAUCCCUUCAAGGCGGAGCUGUUAAAGGGCAGGCAGGAGUUCUGCUCCCCUGUCUUCAGGGCCCUACAGGGAGGCUGGAGGAUUAUUCUCCAGAAGACCGAAGACCGCUGGCUCCUCAGUCUACAACUGACCACCAGGUCGGAGUCUGCACUUGUUCGCUUCAAGUUUGUCAUUCCGGCAAGCUCCAAUGAGAUGGGCAGUGAACACAUCUACUUCCAGCAUGACGGGGUUGUCUUCAGAGAGGGCACUGCCAAAGGCAUGCAUAUCACAAUGUCACCUGCCGACUUGGAGGCCUACGUCACGGCAAGGGCGACGGGGACUACAGUCUGUCAGGACUGCCUACUCGUCCAAAUUUUUAUGCAAGAAGUGGACACCGUCCAGGUGUAAUCAUCCAUGGACUGUAGUCCACAUUGCCCUGUCGUUACGUAAGUCUCCAAGUCAGGGUGUAAUAAGAUAACUAGAAAAGAAUCUUUUAACGCUCUGUACUUUUGUUGUCUUUCCAGUCGUACUUUUACAUCUUCUUUGUUUGUUUGUUUAUUCUUUAUUAAGCCAGGGUAAAACAUAUCGCCUGACGGCGUUUACACCUAGCAUCUGACAUCUAGCAUUAUAUUUCAGUUAUGAAGCCAAGGAAUACACAUAUCCAAUUUAGGUCGCCUCGAGGAUCGUUGUUUUACUUGCUACCAGCUGUUAUCCUUGCGCAGUAAGUCAGUUGUACUAUGAUUUACGCUUUAACCCACUUGUCGGGUACACGGAAGCACACUACGCACAUUUUACGCUAUCUGUUCCUGACUAUUGUAAUGAUCUGUACAAUAGAACUUUUUGUUAGUUUUAUCAUGUAUAUAGUGCUUUCC